AUGGAUUUCCUCCGGCUGAGCGAGAGCCUCUUCCCUUCCUCCAUCAACACAGCCACAAUCACGACUAUCUCAAACCCAACAACCUCCCUCGCAACCGCAGCAAUGCCCACUGCCACCGAAGAAGUCGAGUCCCUCCGCGCCUGGAUCCUCUCGACCUCAGGCAACUGGCUCGCGAACCUAGGCAAGGCCAUCGCCCUGUCCAUCCCCCUCGGCCUCUUCAUCUCCGCCCUCUGCUGCUGCUGGAUCCCCUGCCUUUGGUACACCGACCACCUCACCGACGAUUUCCUCGAUAUCAGCGUAUGGACAGGCCGCCUCCUCCGCGGCGAGUACGGCCCGGCCGGCGGCUGGUUCACCUUCCUCCGCAACCGUGUCACCAUGUUCUUCAUGGGCCGCGAGGAGCGCGCCGAGGCCCAGCGCCGCGAGGCCCAGGACGCCGUCGACCGCGUCGUCGGUGACCUCCGCGACCCUAACGGCAAUGUCGUCGGCGUCGGAUACCAGCAGGAGCCCGCCAUGACGACCGCGAUCCCCCAGAACCGCAACAUUCGUCGCCAGGUGAUGCGUCAGCAGCUGCGCGCGAAUCGUAUCGCCAACAACAACUGA